UAACAAGAAUGAAGCAUCAGUGCAAAGCAUACAGGGGACACAAUAAAGAAAUGAGAAUGGGAUUGGAGGGUAAGGUAUCAUCUUUGAUGUUAGGCAAAGCAAGGAAGCCUUUUUGGGGUUGUCUGUGGAAUCUGGAAUCCAUAAAGAUUCACUCUCUUCUUCACGCAUUCUUCAAUACUUUCUGUCUCAGCCAAUGCCAUAAAUAACUUCACCAUUAACAUUCGACUUGUCCCAUAAUUAGAAGCUGAGUAGACUAUUAUGGCUCAUCCUUACUCUGCAUUUCUUAAACUCACUUUCAUCUUCAUUGUCACUGUCUCAGGUCCAGAACUCUGUGGAAGCAAGCAAACUUUCACUUUUGUAAAUUACUGCAAGGAAACAAUAUGGCCUGGGAUAACUCACAAUGACAACUUCACUAGUGGCAGCUUCACAUUGAAACCAUGCCAAUCCCAAGCAUUCACUGCUCCUGCUGGAUGGAAUGGCCGGAUAUGGGCCAGAACAGGCUGCAACUUCGACAAAAAUGGCGCUGGCAAGUGCCGAACAGGAGGUUGUGGAACUGAGAUGAAUUGUAGCGCCCCCGGAAGCCCACCAUCAACACUAGCUGAAUUUGCUCUUGGUGAACUUGAUUACUAUGAUGUUAGUCUUGUGGAUGGGUUCAACUUGCCCAUAGCCGUGCAGACUGUUAAUGGCACAGGGAACUGCAGCAGUGCAGGAUGUGAUGGAGAUCUGAGGCAGAACUGCCCGUCACAGCUAGCCAUGAAGGAAGAUGGCAAAGUUAUUGCUUGCCGGAGCGCCUGUGAUGUCUUCAAAACUGAUGAGUAUUGUUGCAGAGGGCAGCAUGGAAAUCCAGGAACAUGCCUGCCUUCCAACUACUCGAAGAGUUUCAAAUCCGUGUGUCCUGUAGCAUAUAGUUAUGCAUAUGACGAUCCAACAAGUGUUUUAACAUGUUCUGGAGCAGAUUUUGUCGUGACAUUCUGUGGAUCCAGGAAUCAAACGUUGCCAACUUCCCAUGACAAUCAGCAUCCAUGUAAUGCAUCAAAUGCUCAUAAAGCCAUACCUCAGAGUUUGUGGGUCCUGAUGCUGCCAUUGGCUUUCAUGUUCAAUUCAUGGAUCGCAUCUUAGCAAAUCACGCAUGUUGAAGACCUUUUCAAUGAACACCUUCACUAGUUCAUUUCACUUGGAAUUUCCUUGUUGCCUCCCUUGAUUUUCCCACAAACUAAAUUGAAGAUGUCCUCCAGCCUUUUCACAUGUCAUGUACAUACAUUUUCCUAAGUUAUAAUCACUUCUUUUCUUUCUCUCCU